GAGUCUCCCGGGCCUCCCUGGAGCGCUUGGGGAGGGAGGAGGAAUCGGGGGUGGGGGGUUUGUUUUUGUUUUUGCUCUGCCGCCAUUUUAUUCCCCUUGCCCCCCGCGUCCCGAUAUUUGACCUGGGUGAUCUGGUCACCCUAGAGGGGAGCGGGGUCACCGUGCCUGAGGGGCCCACAAUGCCCAUAGGUCUCAGAUGAAAUUAGCAGAGCUUUGCCCUUUUUCAAGGUGGCCACCCUCCCCCCUUGUUCCCAGGACCAUGCUCUGUCCUGCUGCCACACCUCGGUGCAGUCCAGCCCCUGCCCUGGAAGUUCAUUCGGUGCUACCUCCUUUGGGUUGCUGGUUUGGUACAGACCCUCCCCUGCCAAGUGCAGGCUGGAGGCACCCACCCUUCCACAUGCUGUCCUGCGGGAUGCCCUGUGGUUGGACAGAUUCUGCCAGGCAGCGGCAGUGCUGGACAGUGCCUUGAAAUCCCAGAGCCAAGUGGUUAGUGUUUGGGAUGGAGUGGGAACUGCCAUUUUGGGGGAUGCAGCCAGUCCCUUAAAUGGGCCUGAUUUGCAAAAGGUGGGAGUUCAGGGUUCAGGUCCCUGGAAAUUUUGGUCCUUCUUUGAGGUUUCUUCUCCUGCCCACAAUCGCUAGCCACUUCUGGGAGCUCCAGCCUGGCCUGUGCUGCUAAUAAUAGCCCUGGUGUAACUAGAACCACAGCACAGGGGGUGGGCGCUUGACACCUGCAGUGCUGCUGCAUUGGGGGGAAUCAAAGUCCUCUAAGCCAGCUCCCCUUGUCCCUACAGCUUUCCCUUCCUGGGGCAUUCUCCCCACCUGGGCCCCCCUGCAGGUGCCUGGGGUGUUUAUGUAUUGCUGGGAUGGAGGUGGGGUACCAGAUCACAGCUUCUCUGCUAGGUGCUGGCUGGUGGAUAUGGUAUUGCCCUCCCAGGUCUCCCCCCCAUGCAUGGCACUGGUCAGUGACAUGUUCUUCCCUGCAGGGGACUUGCAGAAUUAGACUUGUGCAUCUUGCAAUUAUCUCCAAGUGCCUUGUGCAGGGUUGCGGGGGGUGAGGGUGUCAGUCCCUUGAUUUUAGAGCUGGGAAACUGAGGUACGGACCGGGGAUGGGACUUGGUCAAGGUCACACAACAGGGCACUGGCAGAGCUGGGAGUGCAACCCGGGAGUCCUGGUUCUAUCACUGGCCAAGCUGCCUCCCUUCGAUUUUUGCAGCUGACGCCAUCCUAUCCCUGCUCCCAGCUCAUUCCUUGGCCCUGGGUUCCUCCCGAUGACUUAAUGACCUUUUCCAGUUCUGGCACCUCUGCUCCUCAUUGGGAACUGCCUGCCCCCCCAGCUCCUGCUGGGGCUUGUUGUGCAUUUCCUGUCCCCAGACCACCAGCAAGCCACCUUCCCUCCCCUCCAGGUACAGGGUUCCUUUAAGAGCCUGCAAGGAGGGGGUGUCGGAUCUGUGGCCUGCCAGCAGCUGUCCUCGCCCUCCCUCGUUGGUGGGGACAGCCCCUCUACACCCUCCCCCUGGCCUUUUAAAGGUGGAAGCUGAUCCGCCUUCCCCAGGCUGAUAAUACUUAAUGGGGACCAGUCACGUGGGUGUUUUUUGACCAGAGCUCGGAACAGGGCAAAGCUGCCAGCCAGCAGGGGCAGGGGGAUCUGACCUCCAGGAGAAGGGAACUGGUGCUUUGGGCAAGGGGCAGUGCAGAGCAGCGAGGAGGGCCUGUGAGAGGGACAACUGGGGGAUAAGGGGGAAAAGGGGACAGUCAGACGUGCAGAGAGGGACAAGAGGACAAGCCACGAUGACCACGCAAGUAGAGAGCCAUAUCCAGUACAACCACUCGUACAUGAUGACUGAAGAGUACAUGCAGCAGGAGGAGGACUGGGACCGGGACCUGUUGCUGGACCCCGCCUGGGAGAAGCAGCAGAGAAAGACAUUCACAGCCUGGUGCAACUCCCACCUGCGCAAGGCAGGCACCCAGAUCGAGAACAUUGAGGAGGAUUUCCGCAAUGGGCUGAAACUCAUGCUGCUGCUGGAGGUGAUCUCGGGUGAGCGGUUGCCAAAGCCAGACAAGGGCAAGAUGCGUUUCCACAAGAUCGCCAAUGUCAACAAGGCCCUGGACUUCAUUUCCAGCAAGGGGGUCAAGCUGGUCUCCAUCGGGGCUGAGGAAAUUGUGGAUGGAAAUUUGAAGAUGACUCUGGGGAUGAUCUGGACAAUUAUCCUGCGCUUCGCCAUCCAGGACAUCUCAGUGGAAGAGACCUCAGCCAAGGAGGGUCUGCUGCUGUGGUGCCAGAGGAAGACGGCUCCAUACCGGAACGUCAAUGUGCAGAACUUCCACAUCAGUUGGAAGGAUGGACUGGCCCUGUGCGCCCUGAUCCACCGCCACCGGCCUGACCUCAUCGACUAUGCAAAGCUCAGAAAGGAUGACCCCAUCGGGAACCUCAACACGGCCUUUGAAGUGGCUGAGAAGUACCUCGACAUCCCCAAGAUGCUGGACGCUGAAGACAUUGUCAACACGCCCAAGCCAGAUGAGAAAGCCAUCAUGACCUACGUGUCCUGCUUCUACCACGCAUUUGCUGGAGCAGAGCAGGCUGAGACGGCUGCAAACAGGAUCUGCAAGGUGCUGGCUGUCAAUCAGGAGAACGAGAAACUGAUGGAGGAGUACGAGAAGCUGGCAAGCGAGCUGCUGGAGUGGAUCCGGCGCACCAUCCCAUGGCUAGAGAACCGCGUGGCAGAGAAGAGCAUGAGCGCCAUGCGGCGCAAGCUGGAGGAUUUCCGGGACUAUCGCCGAGUCCACAAACCACCCCGCGUGCAGGAGAAAUGCCAGCUCGAGAUCAACUUCAACACCCUGCAGACCAAGCUGCGCCUCAGCAACCGGCCUGCCUUCAUGCCCUCCGAGGGCAAGAUGGUCUCGGAUAUCGCCAAUGCCUGGAAGGGGCUGGAGCAGGUGGAGAAGGGCUAUGAGGAGUGGCUGCUGACCGAGAUCCGCCGCCUGGAGCGCCUGGAGCACCUGGCUGAGAAGUUCAAGCAGAAGGCGACGCUGCAUGAGUCCUGGACCAGAGGAAAGGAGGAAAUGCUUUCACAGAGGGACUAUGAGUCAGCCUCACUCAUGGAGGUGCGGGCGCUGAUGCGCAAACAUGAGGCCUUUGAGAGCGACCUGGCUGCCCACCAGGACCGCGUGGAGCAGAUUGCCGCCAUCGCCCAGGAGCUUAAUGAGCUGGACUACCAUGAUGCCGCCUCUGUGAACUCCCGCUGCCAGGCCAUCUGUGACCAAUGGGACACGCUGGGCACCCUGACCCAGAAGAGGAGGGACGCGCUGGAGCGGGUGGAGAAGCUGCUGGAGACCAUCGACCAGCUGUACCUUGAGUUUGCCAAGAGAGCUGCCCCCUUCAACAACUGGAUGGAUGGUGCCACCGAGGACCUGCAGGACAUGUUCAUCGUGCACAGCAUUGAGGAGAUCCAGAGCCUGAUCACGGCCCAUGAGCAGUUCAAGGCCACGCUGCCCGAGGCCGACAAGGAGCGCAUGGCCAUCCUAGGCAUCCAGAACGAGAUCCAGAAGAUCGCCCAGACCUAUGGCAUCAAGCUGAGCGGGGUGAACCCCUACACCAAUCUCUCACACCUUGACAUCGCCAGCAAGUGGGACAUGGUGAAGCAGCUGGUGCCACACCGAGACCAGACGCUGCAGGAGGAGCUGGCGCGGCAACAGGCCAAUGAGCGGCUGCGGCGCCAAUUUGCUGCCCAGGCCAAUGUCUUGGGGCCCUGGAUCCAGACCAAGAUGGAGGAGAUUGGGCACAUCUCAGUGGACAUCAGUGGCUCUCUCGAGGACCAGAUGAAUCAUCUCAAGCAACUGGAGCAGAACAUCAUUAACUACAAGGCCAACAUCGACAAGCUGGAAGGCGACCACCAGCUCAUCCAGGAGGCCCUGGUCUUUGACAACAAGCACACCAGCUACACUAUGGAGCACAUCCGAGUGGGCUGGGAGCAGCUGCUGACGACCAUCGCCCGAACCAUCAACGAGGUGGAGAACCAGAUCCUGACCCGCGAUGCCAAGGGCAUCAGCCAGGAGCAGAUGAACGAGUUCCGGGCAUCCUUCAACCACUUUGACCGGAAGAGGAACGGGAUGAUGGACCCUGAUGACUUCCGCGCCUGCCUCAUCUCCAUGGGCUAUGACCUGGGUGAGGUGGAGUUUGCCCGGAUCAUGAUGCUGGUGGAUCCCAACAGCACGGGCGUGGUGACGUUCCAGGCCUUCAUUGACUUCAUGACCCGCGAGACGGCUGAGACUGACACGGCUGAGCAGGUUGUGGCCUCCUUCAAGAUCCUGGCAUCAGACAAGAACUACAUCACCGUGGAGGAGCUGCGGCGGGAGCUGCCCCCGGAGCAGGCCGAAUAUUGCAUCAGCCGCAUGACAAAGUACAGCGGGGCUGAUGCGGUGUCAGGCGCAUUGGACUACGUCUCCUUCUCCAGCGCCCUGUAUGGGGAAAGCGACCUGUAACCCCCACCCUGGGAGCCCCUGCUGCACCUUGCAGGAUCGACACCCCUCCCCCCGAUCGGUGGGGGGAACCUGCCCUGGAUUCCACCACCACCACCCUACCCCAUGGAACAACAACACUGUGGAGCCCCAUGCGGCCUGGACAGAUAGAUGGGGAUCUGUCUGGGUUAGGACCCUCUAUCCCCCACGUCUCGCCUCCAGUCUUCCCCAAAGCCCAGCUCUAGCUAGGAGCCGCCUCAUCUCUAUGUCUUUGUUGCUGCCCCAGUAGAUGCGCACUUGCCUAGCCUGGAUCAGCACCCCUUGUUCCCCAGUCUCAGCACCUCCUUUCCUCCUCUGGGUGUGCUUUGGACCCCAACCUUCCCCCUUGCUGCCUCAAAAAUGCAGGAGGUGGGACCAGUUCUUGGCAUGUCUGUCCCCAGCUAAGGGGCUCGCUGCACUGUCGAGGGGUCCUAUGGCCCCCAUCUCUGUGGCUCUGGUGCAGGGAGCUGUGCACUGGGGGUGGGGCACGAGGAACAGGGCUGGGAGCAGACCUGGGGAGCAGAGCCAGGUCGGGCUGGGCCAGGUGCGCUCCUUACUCCCGCUAAUAAAUGAAACAUAACAGAGAGACCCA